GACACGUUUUGACCCACCUGCUGCUAUAACACCGACACAGGCCAAGAGGCUGAUGGACCUUAGCACACUCACAUGCUGACACGCUCGUGCACCGUGACGCACACAUGCACAUGUACAUACGCUGACACAUUCACACACACGCACGAGUCAUACACAUGCACUGUCUGACACACAAACUUAUACAGACCCCCUCCGGCACCCACCCACCCACACUCACACAGGCAGAGAUCACAGUUUCCUGUCCAUUCCCAGGGCUCCCUCCAUUAGCUCCGUCCGUUUGACUGUUGAGGUCUGCAGAACAGCACAUACUUCAUAGCUGUCAAGGCCAACAGGACCCAUUGUGCCCAUGCAGUCAGGCCUCCUGCCUAACCCAAGCCAGAGAAUCUCGCCCAGUAACUCCUGGCUGAGCUGUACCUCCCACAGGGCACGUACCCAGCCCCAGCUGACCUCUCACUCCCCAUGUUUGAUUCCAUGUCCUGGGACGUUCCCUGAAUCACCUAACAAGCCCUGAACUCACCUUGAUUCUUUCCCUCACACUGAGCAGGAUUCCCAACAGCAAAUCUGACGUGGUUCCCCAGACAGAGGGAAGGGAAGCGCUACGUGUCCUGGAUUUCUAGGGUCUGGGCACGGGGUGGAUUCUCCAGCACUGGAAGUCUGUUAAAAUGGAGAUGCAACAUCUCUUUCCCAAAGUCAGGAGUCACUGGGCCACAGGCAGGAAUGGCUGGGGGAGAUAGGAGGCCAGGGUGGAAGGGCACAAUGGGCCUUCAGGCCUAGAUAUCUAUUACCCUAGAGACAGCAGCACAGCAGAGAGGUACAAAAAAUGAAACCAGCUCAAAGUAUUUGUGAGUGCUGUGAAACAGCUGGGAUCCCACAGAGCUGCUGUGAACUCCAGCUCUGCCCCCAUCUCAGCCAGGCUGGGACUGUACCCCGCAACCGUGGCAGCAUCACUGGAAGUCUGGCAGCUGCUCCCCCACUCAGCUACGUUUCCCCUGGGUGUUUGGAGGGGGCGUGGUCGUCCUCUCUCCCCUGCCCCGGCAACUUAUUUGAUCAAUCCAACAAUGAUUGAUUUCACCGCCUUGGCCAUUCCCCAUUCUGAGGAUCUCCUUUGUGUCCCCCAGCAUUGCCCAGCGGAGGGAAUGACUCUCAUCCAGAUUCUUUCUCGUCCCAGCAGGAGCUGAGAUUUAAGAGCGAGGACGAGGAGGGAAUCGGCAGCAAGGAGAUGAUGAGACCAUGGAUCCGGAUGGGACCGCCUCAGGAAUCUCUGGAGCUGAGGAACACCAGAGUCCUGGGCAGGGAGAAGCCCGCGAGGAUCACAGUGGGUUGGAAGAGCAGGCAGAUAGCGAUCCUGAUGCUGUCAGGGGAAGUUUAAAUGUCCAGGAUGGCACCCAGCCAGGGGAGGAUCCAGCCACAUGGGCUGAGCCAGGGAGAGGCCCCAGUGGGAGCUCAGAACAUAGGGCCCAGGAAAGAACCCAGCUGCGGCAGAAGCCCCACUGCUGCCCUGACUGCGGGAAGGCAUUCAGCUGGAGCUCCCACCUCAUUCAGCACCAGCGGGUUCACACAGGGCAGAGGCCCUACAAAUGUCCUGACUGCAGGAAGGGCUUCACCCAGAGCUCAGACCUCGUUACCCACCAGAGAACUCUCUCAGGCGAAAAACCCCACCGCUACCACCAGUGUGGAAAGGGCUUCAGAGUCAGCUCGGGGCUGGCCCGGCACCGGCGGGUCCACACUGGGGAGCGCCCCUACAAGUGCUCUGAGUGUGGGAAGAGCUUUGGUCGCAGUUCCAACCUGCUGACCCACCAGCGCACGCACACAGGGGAGCAACCCUACCGCUGCCACCAGUGUGGCCAGAGCUUCAGCCUCAGCUCCAACCUCCUGGCCCACCACAGGGUCCACACCGUGGAGCAGCCCUACCACUGUGCCCAGUGUGGGAGGGGAUUCAUCUGCAGAGGCAACCUCCUGGCACAUCAACGGUGGCAGCGUGCAGUGGGAGAGACCACCUGAGGGCACAGUCCAUGCGUGGGGGAGAGAAAGAGAGAGUGACCGCCUGAUGGCACAGAACAUGGCAUGGAAGAAAAUUAUCCUGAAUGUUUAUGACUCAAUGUCCCAAGAGAUAAAGAACAAGAUGGGAUAUUAGUUGGUGUCCACUACAGACCACCAAUCACACUAAGGAACAGGGAGACCAGCUCCUUAUACACCUAUCUAUAAUGUGUAGAUAAAAAUGCUGCGUGAUCCUGGGGGAUUUCAAUUUGAGUGACAUAUGCUGAAGAUCUCAUGCUGCCAGUACUAAAACAUCAUUGGAAUUUCUAAACAUUAUAGAUAAUGUCCUAAUUCAAAAAGUGUUGCAUCCAACAUGGGGGAAUGUAUAUUAGAUCUCAUCUUGAUAGAUAAAGAGGAAAUAAUCACAGAACUAAACAUUAAUGGUAACUUAGGUACAAGUGAUCAUUCCUUGAUCAGAUUUAUACUGUGCAAACAGGAUAAAGUCUAGACCAGUGAUAUAUAUAGUUGAGCCAAUUUCACAAAGCCUAAAACAAUUAUGAAUCAAAUCAAGUGGGAGGAAGAAUUGAAUCAGAAAAAUAUGAUUGAUAAUUGGGAAUUGUUUAAGAAGACUUUAUUAGAUGCCUAAAAAGCCAAAGUCCCACAAUUGAGGAAGAAGGCCACUCAUCUGAUUCAGAGGGGAAGUGAAGGCAACUAUAGAAAAUAUAUUUUUUAAAAAGGCUAUAACAAAUGGAAGAAAGGAAAAGUUGAUGAAUAUAAAUCAGAAGCUAGGAAUUGUAAAAUUGAUUAGAGAAGCAAAGGGAUGCAAGAAAAAACCUAUGGCCAGCAGAGUUAAGGACCAUAAGAAGGAGUUUUUAAAGUAUAUUAGGAACAAAAAGAAUCCUGACAAUGGCCUUGGUCCAUAACUAGAUGGAAACGGUAGAAUUGUCAAUAAUAAUGCAGAAAUGGCAGAAAUGUACAACAAAUAUUUCUGUUCUGUAUUUGGGAAAAAAAUAAAUGAUGUUGUCAUAUCAUAUGAUAACAUUCCAUUCCACUAGUAUCGCAGGAAGAUGUUAAACCGUAGCUACUAAGGUCAGACAUUUUUAAAUAUAUAACUUGCAUCCAGAAGUUUUAAAAGAGCUGGCUGAGGAGCUUGCUGGACCAUUAAUGGUGAUUUUCAGUAAGUCUUGGAACACUGGGAAAGUUCCAGAAGCCUGGAACAAAGCUAAUGUUGUGCCAAUAUUUAAAAAGGAUAAAUGAGAUGACUGGAUAAUAUGGGACUGUCCGUCUGACACUGAUCCUAGGCAAGACAAUAGAGCACACGAUACAGGACUCGAUUAAUAAAGAAUUAAAAGAGGGUAAUAUAAUUAGUGCCAAUCAACAUGGGUUUAUGGAAAAUAAAUCCUGUCAAACUAACUUGAUAUCAUUUUUGGAUGAGAUUACAAGUUUGAUUGGCAAAGGUUAUAGUGUUGACGUAAUAUACUUAGACAUCCGUAAGGCAUUUAACUUGGUACCACAUGACAGUUUGAUUAAAAAACUAGAAAGAUAUAAAAUUAACAUGGCACAUAUUCGAUGGAUGAAAAGCUGACUCACUGAUAGAUGUUAAAAGGUAAUAGUAAGAGGAGAAUCAUCACCGAAUGGGUGUAUUAUUGCGGGGGGGGGGGGGUCCUGCAGGGAUCGGUUCUUGGCCCUACCCUAUUGAACAUUUUUAGUAAUGACCUGAAAGAAAAUAUAAAAUCAUCACUGGUAAUGUUCAUAGAUGACACAAAAAUUGAGGGAGUGGUAAAUAAUGAAGAGAAGGCUACUUAUUCAGAGGAAGCUGAAUUGCUUGGUAAACUGGGUGCUAGCAAACAAAAUGUGUUCUAAUACGGCUAAAUGUAAAUAUCUACAUCUAGGAACAAAGAAUGUUGGCCAGACUUACAGGAUGGGGGACUCUAUCCUGGGAAGCAGCUGAACCAGCUAUCCGUGCUGAACCAGCUAGUCCUGUCCAUGCUCUGGCACCGGCUCAACACCCUGAGCCUGGCCCUGGGGAUCCUGGCCCAACUUCAGAGAGUAGCUCUGGGGUUUUUCUGGCCAGGGCUGCACUGGGUCUCUGCAGGGGUCCUAAGUCUCCCCCUGGAGGAGGGAGGACAGGGCCUGAUCUGCCUCUGCAGCCAGGUCCAUGUCUUCUGCCUCCAGACCUUGCAGAGGCUCCUUUAUGGUGCAGGUAGUCAGGCGUGGAGCAUGCUGGUGCAUGACUUCCUCCGCCGCCUCUGAGGGCUCCGAUAUGACUGGCAGCUUCUUUUUCUCCACCCAAGAGGUCUUCCACGAGACCUUUCUGAGCUGCCAGCCUUCUAGCAGGACCUUCUCCAGACUGGAAGCUGUUCUCGGUGACCAGGUCCAUUGUGACCACUUUCGGGGUGGACCUCCUCACGGAGCCCGUGCUACACAACCCCCAACUUUGUGUGCAGGUGGCGGAGUCUCCCUCGUUGCGCCAGAGGCUGGUCCUGGAAGAAACCACCAGGGUCGGAGACCUCCUGGACUACGAAAGGGGGACAUUGAUUUGACCAUCCUGCCUUUCCUCCCCAACACUGCCCUGUUGCCUUCCCUCUCCACCCUGGGGAAACCCAUCUCUGUCAUCAGCCCUCGCCUGUUGCGCUGCAAGGACCCCGCCCUCUGUCACGUCCUGUCCUUCCACUAGCAGGUGCAACUCCAACUGCUACCGGUGGCGUGUGAUGGGGCAAUGCUGAAGGGUGUCCUUCCUGGUGCCCUACCGGGGGCCCAUUACCAGGUCCACUACUUGACAGGGAGGCCUGGUGCUUCCUCUGCCAGGCAGUGGGACCCCCCUGGCUGGCACAGAGGGGUGCCUGGGACCCUCGGGACCCGGGAGUGCUCCGGCCCUGCCACCGCUGGCAACCCUGGUAGCCCAGCUACCACUGCUACCCCUCCUCCUUCUGCCGUUGCUCCCACUCGGGCCACAGGGGCAGCCCCCUCAUCGUGGCCAGACCAGUGGGUGGGCCUUGCCUCAGUCUGUAGCAGUUCGGUGGGGCACACAGAGGAGAGGGCGGUGAGAUUAUUGGUGGGUAAGGGAGAGUGCCCGCCCCUGGGGGACGUUUCCCUUCCUCCCGCUGUCCUGCCCUUGCCGCCCCAAGGCCUGGAACCAUCGUCGUUGCCCCCUGGCCCCGCCCUGCUGACUGGCCCUGCACCUCGGAGGGCUGGGUGCUCAUCCAGGGGAAGCAUGAUGCCCUCAAGUCGCGGGCUCAAUCCCUUCCCUCUGAUGAGGAGGUAGAGGGGGCCCCCCUGAAAAAUACUGAAGGGGGCUGAUCCUACCACACUUUCCACUGCACCCCCUGACGUAGCCUAGCAGGAGGUGCUGGCCAUAGAUGCCAUGGCAACGGAUGGGGGCGGUACCAUCCCCUCGCAAAGUUCCCCCCAAGGAGGAAUCUGCUGGAGUUCCCCCAGCCCCUUUGCCACCUGUGCCCCCCGCUGCCGGCACUGCCGAGGCAAUAGUUGCCCUGGUUCCCGGCAGGGAGGACCCCGGGCCCCUGGGGGCCGACUUUAUGUCCAUCUUUGAGGAGAUUGAGGCCCUGGGUCUGACCCUGAUCACCCAGGGGGAGGACAACCCCCUGCCAGAGGGCCUCAAUCUGGGUGGCAGCUUAAUCAUACCUCCCCCUCUUCUUCCCUCCCCUUUGCCCCAAGCUGGCCUUGUUCCAGACUCCAACGCAUCGCCCGCUCCUCUCCCCUCUACUUCCCAUGCUGCUGCUGCCCCCGAGGUUGUCUCUUUCCUGCUGUCCACAGACAACCCUCAGGAGGCAGUUUUUGUAACUCCCCUUCCCGACCCUGUAGAGGCUGCACUCUUCCCUCCGCUGCCCCUGCCCUUGCCAAGGAUUUUUCCAGUAGGACCACUACAAGCCACCAUUGACUGAAACCAGGAAUACCACAUAGUCAGGAAUAGGAGCAGGAACUGGCAAAAUAACUGCACAGUUGCAGCUCUGCUAAUAAGGAUAAAGAAAGUAACAGAUUCAUGAGAAUGGGAAGGAGUGGAUAGCUGACUUUGGAUCUGGGUGUCUCUGAUUGUGAGUUCCAUGCUGUUGCUAUGACUAAAAGUUGCUUUGCUGAUAAAUAAAAUGAUGAGUUGUUUUUGCUAAUGCUAGGAGAAUAGUCAGCCCACUAGGGAUUACUAAAAGUUAUGUGCUUUGUUUUAAUAGUCUAUAACAAGAUAAGUAAGAAUAUGCAAUGUGGAGCAGUUUGGAGAAGUUUUUCUACGAGCAAGGAGCUGACAUUUUACUCCCCACCAGCUAGGAGGAAGGCCGAUCACCUGAAACUUGCCGUUGCCAAUCAAAACUAUCUCAGAUUGGGGUGCUCUAGACUAUUGCAUAUGUGUGUGCGCU